AUGGCCGAAUAUACCCCAGUUGGAGCCCCAAUCGACCUUCCCAUUCUCGACAUAUCCAAUCCCGAUGACCCUGCCGUGGGCAAUGCCAUGCUUGAGGCUGCGACCAAGUACGGCUUUCUCUAUGUGGACAGCAAGGGAACCGACUUUGAGGUCGACGACGUGCGAAAGGCAUUUGAAAGGUCGAAAGGCUUCUUUGCAUCACCCAUAGAGGAGAAAGAACCUUGUCGGAUCCAGUCAAAUAACCGUGGCUGGUCUGGGAUGCAUUCUGAGACUCUAGAUCCUGAACAUCAGCGGAUGGGCGAUUUCAAAGAAGCAUUCAACUUCGGCGAAUUCAACGCCCAAGGCAAAGCCCAACAACCCCUCCCGCCAUCCAUCGCACCCCAUGAAGCAGAGAUCGAGCACUUCGCAUCGCUCUGCACAAAGACCUGUAACCGCAUUCUCAGCCUCCUCGCCCUAGGACUCAAGAUCUCCCCAGAUUUCUUCAUCACCCGCCACGAUCCCACCCAAGGCCCGACAGGCUGUAUCCUACGCUACCUGUACUACCCAUCCGUCUCGGCACCGCAAACAGCAGGGUACGACCACGGCGUGGACGUCCGUGCCGGCGCACACUCUGACUACGGGAGCAUCACGCUAUUAUUCCAAAGGCCAGGACAGCCGGGCCUUGAGAUCCUAACCCCGGAAGGAACGUGGGCUCCUGUCCCCGUUGAGCCGAGAAGCCACCAGAGUCAGAGCCAGAACCGGGACGACGAAUACACAUUCCCGCCUAUCCUCGUUAACAUUGGCGACCUGCUAAGCUACUGGACUGACGGAUUGUUGAAGUCAACCGUGCACCGUGUUGUUUUCCCUGCGUCUGAAAGGACCGGGAACAGCUCGCAGGAUCGGUAUAGUAUUGUUUUCUUUUGCCAUCCGCUUGAUCGUACGGAGCUGGUCCCUAUGCCGAGCGAAGUGGUUAGGUCUUACCGGGAAGAGAAGGGUGCAGGAGUGCAGGAAGAGAAGGUGGGAUUUGGAGGAGGAGCAGGGGACCUUGGACCUGGGAAACGGGCGCUUACGGCUGAAGAGCAUCUUGCGCUGCGUUUAAACGCGACGUAUGAUUUUAGACAGGCAGAGGAUCAAAAUGCUCCGUAG